GUAGGGGGCGUAGUCUGUAGUGUUUCCUAUAGACAUAAUACAGAGUGUUUUCUAGUUGGCUGCUGCUGCACUAGUCCCUUCUGGAGCAGAGUGAGGGCUUUAAGGGGCGUGGUGUGUUUUGUUACAUAAAGGAGCGCUGACCGAGCUGCGUUGAUUUAGUGGAACAAACUGUUCACAUUCCUCGCCUUUCUUCACAAGGUAAAGAUAAAAAGACUGCAUUUUACCUCUACCGUCGUGGAAGCAUUGUGGUAUUUCUCUUCUUACCAGUUUAAUUGUAGUGCAGGUUGUUAAAAACAUGUGGACCUCCCUGUUAAGGAUCGGACACCUGCGAUGUGUCAAUAAGUGCUUGCAGACUCAGAGUUGGAAUAUACUGAGCAGACCACCUCCAGCUUUGACUUUCAGCACAAAAUCAUCAGGAUCCAAAACUUCAUCAAAAAAACCCAGCAAAGACAAAAACAAGCCUAAAACAUACUUCGACAUAGAAAAACUUGUUCAACACAAGCCAUGCAACUUCCCUAAGAAAGAAGUUUCUCCAACUGCCUCUGCAGUAACUGAAGCUGCACAGGAAGCCAUGGCUUCUGUAGCAACAAAGCGCACGUCCCCUGUUGCUUCAGCUGGAACUAUUGCAACCACUUAUGACAUUACAACUCAACCAGUGACAACAUCCUUUGUUAAAAAAGUACCUUCCAAAAUAACAACUGCUGAAUCUAUUGUUGAAGUUUUCCCUGAUGACUAUCCAGGAGAAGAUGCUCUAAUUUUAGAGGCCUCCAAAGUGGCUGCUGAGCCUGCAGUUGAUGUGCCACAAGUCCCUAUGCAUUCUGCUCCUGCCUCUGUAGAAUCGGCUCCUGAUCCAUUUGUGAAUGUUGUGCUGGUAGAUGGGGCCCUGAACCUCAUUCAAGAAGCUGUGCCAAAUAAGGUAUUCAUGGAGCCUGUGGAAGAAAUACCUCCCCCAGAAGGGUCACUAAAGUCUGUGGUGGAAGGGGCUCAAUCGGAGGCGUUACUGGAGCCUUUGACAGAGGAGGUGUCACUGGAGCCUGUGUUGGAAGUGGCUGACGCAGAUGCGUCAUGUAAGUCUUUAGCAGAAGCAACCCCUGAAGAGCUGUCACUAGAGCCUGUGGUGGAAGUGGCUCCUAUGGAGGUCUCACUGGAGCUUGUGGUGAAGGUGGCUCCCGAGGAGGCGUCACUUGAGCCUGUGGUGGAAGCAGCUCCCACAGAGUCAUCUCCAAAACUUGCAACAGAAGUGACACUGACAACUGUGUCAGAUGGGGUCCCUGAAACUCUAACUGCAGACCUGCCAGCAUCCCUGGAACCUGUGGCAAAAGCAGUCCCUGAGCCUGUAGCAGAAGCAACUCCUUCAGAACUGGACCAUGCAGAGUCCAUGCCAGAGCCUGAAGCAGAGGUGGUGCUGGAGCCUGUGGCAGAAAUUACUGAAUCUACAGAUGUAGUUCCUGGCUCUGAGGAUCUUGUGGACCCUGCCUUGGUCCUUUCCAAGGCUGCUGAAGAAGAGCUGCAGAUGGAAUCCCCUGCUGAAGCAGUUGGACCAUCACAGGCUCAUAUGGACCCAGUGCAGAAGCUGUUCUUGGACUCUAUACGCGAAUAUUCAACAAAUUCCCAGGCAGCUGGUGGUCUGGUUGAUGCUGGCUCACAGUAUGAAAAGGUUUUGGAAGAGGAGAUAGCAAAGCUACAGAGACUAUAUGGUGGUGGAGACCUAACCAGUUUUCCUAAUUUCAAAUUUACAGAACCCCAGUGGGAUGAAGUUUCCCAGAAGUGAACCAUCAGCACUUCUACUUAACAUUUACAACUUUGUGCACAGGAACAUGAAUUUGUGUGAUUGUCAAGCAAAUGAUCCUCUACCUGUUGCUUAUAUGUGAAGAUAAAACAUUGGAUUUGUAGAAACUGUAGAUUUUGUGCCUGCAGAAGAUAAGGUUUUACAUUAUUGCCAUGACAUUUGACAAAGUGAUAUUAGAGAUGCAAAUUAGGUUGUCUGAAUCUAAAUCAAUAAAUAAUCUGACUUC